AUGAAGAUUGCUCUCUUCUCGUUCAUCUUUUGGGGCACAUCAGUCUCAGCCUUUGUAACACCGCCGACAUCUCCCACGCGUCCUGUCAUUCUCCAAGUUGCCUCCAUGGAAGAUGUUGUCACUCUGGGAAAUCCUACUACCAAGAACCCUCGAGCUGUCGUGGCCGAUUUGCUGGAGGCACUGCUGAAGGAUGACGACGCGCAUCAAUGCAUCCAGUUGUUGCUCCAUUCGUCCACCCAUCAAUGGCGCAGCAAAAUCUAUGAUGCCAUUGGAGCACCCGCAGGAGCCAAUGAGAACACUGUCGCUGGCGCAUUGGCUCAUGCCAUGCAUAACCACAACAGUCAAUUUGCCAUUUUACUGGGACAGGCAGAUGAGUCCUAUGUGGCUGACUUUCCAAGUGACACUGUAGAAACUGGAGGGGAUGGAAGAUGCUGGUUGGAAUGCCGCCUCUAUGAUCGAAAUGAUGGUGAACUAUUGGUGGUUUCAGGAUGGGACCUGCAACAAGAUUCCGUAUCUGGAGAUUGGCUUGUAGAUCGUAUUGAUUGGCAAGAUUUCCGUGACGCAUUUUACCCUGGCAUUGGACGAGAAGAAUGGGCUCGAGCAUUUGUGUAGAUGAAUGACGCAUCCGUGGCCAUUUACUAUCUUUACUAUCUUUGUAAGCUUGCAAGAAAAACUACCGGUAUUUGGAAGUGUUUAGAAACAUAAAGUGGGCACAAAUCCUAGAGUUGUUCAGUGAGUAUCC